GUUUUACCGUCAAGAUCGACAAUUUACACCUGGACCGUCUCAGUGCUCGUGUGUGUACAUACAGUGGGAUUUGGUAACCGCGGUAUGAUUUGUGUGAUUGGUGGAGGAAUAUAGAGAGAUCGAGAGGAAUACGAAAGAAAAAUGCCGAGGGCCUUUCUGAUCACGCAUCGCCGGUACAACGGGAUCGAGGAGGAGUUCGACGGGUCCGGAAGAGAUUUCAGCCCUGAAAGAGGCGUCAGACUGGCCGAUUACAGCGGGAAUCAUCCGACGUCGGACGGGGCGAGCGAAUGCGGCAGCGAGACAUCCUCGGAGUGCCCCGAGGAAUUGUACAAUCUGACGAAAUUGGCGGAGGUCAGUCUAGCAGCAGCUGCGGGCACGUUGAUCCAUCCGAGCAACGUGAUCUUUCAGCAACCAGCCUCCCCUAGAUGCGCCCAAUACACGGACAGGAUCGUGGCGCCGCGAUCGAAGCAACAGGAGUCUCAGUUCACGGAUCAUCGAACGAUGGAGGAUGAGCAAACAUUGGGGGAGAGGACCAGGCUGUUCUUCGAGAGGAUCGAGACCGAACGGGAGAUUCUGCAGAGCCACACUGAGAGGAGCACAGUUCUGGGGAUCCACGUGUCGCCUCAUUCGCAUCGUUUGCAAGAGGAACGACGUUUAGAGGUCUCGGACAAUUCGUUGGACAAGACGGAAUUGGACACCGGCUCGUCGAUACCGUCAACGAUACCGCAAAGCAGACGAACCACGUCGACCUCGACGGAAACCUCGUCGAAAUCCGAGGACACGGAGGAUCACGAGUGCCCGGAUUGCGGGAAAAAGUACUCGACCUCGUCGAAUUUGGCCAGACACAGGCAGACACAUAGAUCGUUGGGGGACAAGAAAGCCAGGAGGUGUCCACAUUGCGACAAAGUAUACGUCAGUAUGCCCGCGUUCAGUAUGCACGUCAGGACGCACAAUCAGGGGUGCAAGUGCCAUUACUGCGGCAAGUGCUUCUCGAGGCCGUGGCUGCUACAGGGACACAUACGCACGCAUACAGGUGAGAAACCAUUUAAAUGUACGAUUUGCAACAAAGCGUUCGCCGACAAAUCGAACCUGCGUGCCCACAUCCAAACGCAUUCGAACACCAAACCUCACGUUUGCGGCCGUUGCGGCAAGGCAUUCGCGCUGAAAUCGUACCUCUACAAGCACGAGGAGUCUUCCUGUAUGCGCGCGCAUCAUCGAUCAUCCGGGGAGAAAACGGACGGGACCGAUCAGAAGACAACGCCCUCAGCAAGAUCGUGUCCGCCGUUGUCGACCUCCUUGAACCGACUACCGACUACACCCUGUGUCACGGCAUCACCCACCAGUGUCAUAGUUCCUCGGCUGGGCCUGAAUCGAGACCAAAGAAACACGUCCUCGGCGUUCUCCGCGAUCAUCAGGCACACCAGGAUACAGGACACCCCGACGGUGACUCAGGCGUCGAAACGAUCAUGCAGGGAAAAAACACCGAUCGAGGAGCCAGGAAGAAAGACACCCGACAAUUCGACGAAAGAUCAGGAAUGUGUUUCCCGUAUGGUGAUCAGAACAUCCGUCAUUUCACCUAAUCCGGAGCAUCUUAGCCGUUUCAGCAACGACAGCCAAAAUUCCUCGAAUGGUUUCAAUUUUUCCGAUCCGACGAGAUCAUCCGCGUUUUCGAGACCAACGACGAUGACUCUGAACUUGGCAAUCGCUUAG